AAAGAGCUUAACUCGUCCUGUCUACUUCAUUAUAUCGUAUCCGCUCUACGAUGACAGCUGUGAAAUUCGUGGCUUUAAUGGUUCAAACACGGAGAUUAACACUUUUUACUUAGUUUUUAAGCGAGUCUUUGCUGUCAAAGUAAAGUUCAAACGCAAUGAUGAACACUGUAUUCUGGCUAGUUUUUAUUUUUAGUUCUCUUUCCGUCGCUAAAUCAACUUUGAUUUCAAAUGCUACGGUAUUUACGGGCGAAAUUCUGAAAACAAAUGAAGAUGACACUGUAUUGGUGCGAGUUUUUAAAAGGCUGUUCGAGCAAGAAGCUGUUAAGAUUCCGUCAAUCGUAUCUCUGCAAAAUUCAGAAAAAGACGAAUCGUUGAAUGCGGCAAAAGGAGUGUACAUAUUUUAUGCUGUUCCAUUGGACAACAACAAGUUUGAACUUCUUCAUUACUGGGGUGUCAAGAAGGAGGACUUUGACGGAAUCUCGCCAAGCAGCUUAGAAGAAAUCCAACAGCAUUCCCAUCAUCGCUUGCGACGAUCAGUAGACGUGUGUAGUCGUACACUACAGUGCCGUUAUGGUGGGAAAUGCGGGCAGUUAUCAACUGGAAAAGCCACCUGCUUUUGUCCAAUCAAAUGCAGUAAGAAAGAUAAUGCUCCUGUGUGUGGUAAAGAUCGUGUCACGUACCAUAACCUUUGUACGGUACAGCGAUAUUCCUGCAUAAGGCAACGAACUAUUGAGAUUGAGCACUACGGACCAUGCAUGGUGUCCAGUUGCAAGGAAGCCCUUCAGGAAGAGCUGGGGAACAAAGAUGGCGAAUACUCGAUGCUCUUAAAUCCAAAAUGUCAACGGCCCGUAAAGGUUUACUGUCACGAUAUGCACACUUCGGAACCCACAGAAUACCUCACCCUAACCCAGGGCAGGGAUAACCACGCUCGCAUAUACGAGCGUCGUCUUCCCCGUGCCAUCCGCGACCAAUGUGGAGGACUAAACCCCGGUAACGUGCCUUAUGUUGAUGGUGGAUACACAAGAUUCUAUAAAGUAAGAUUCGAUGUACGAGGAUCGAAAAUUAUACCAAACGAUUUCAAGUUCGCCAGUAGUGCCGGGAAAGCCAUAACUUUUGGAACAGCGGGAGAUUGUUACUCUGCAAAUCUAGGAAACUGUCGAAAAGGUAGUUUUUCAAUUGAUCUAAUCGGUACUGGUAUGAGACUACAGUCUUCUGUAAGAUGGUCGGUGCAAGCUCGUCCGGCUGGUAUACAAAUGCAAGAUUUUCAAAUGACGAAUCAGAGUCAGGUCGUGUCAGCGAAGUGUGGAGGGAAUUGCGGAAAAUGCAACCCUGCUGGAGAUAUUUUAGUUGAACAACUACACUGUGGUGCGUGUGACGGCGUAUCCUGCGACUACCAUGGCACAUGUCAAUAUGAACCGCUAUCUUUCAAAGGAUAUCGCUGCGCAUGUCCAAACUGCACCUCAGAAAGACGUGCUCACACUGAUAAAGUAUGUGGUAGUGACCAUGUAACGUAUGAGAGCGAAUGCUUCAUGAACAAGAAUUCUUGUUUGAAAAAGAUAAAGAUUACAAUCGCUUACAAAGGACCUUGUAAUCCCUGCAACAACGUCACAUGCGAGAAUUAUGGCGUUUGUAAAAGAGAUCGGAACUCGUUAAAAGGAUAUCGUUGUGAAUGCCAGGAAUGUACGAGUUCUGAGGAAACAGAUUACGUAUGUGGUGAUGAUCGCAGGACAUAUCGUAACACAUGUGAGCUGAAGCUCGCAUCGUGUCGAAGAAAAAGAUUAAUCACAAUCAGUUACCUUGGCCGAUGUGAUCCAUGUCGUGGUGUUAACUGUGCGAAUUAUGGUGUGUGUAAGCCGAAUCCUCGGGCUUUGCUUGGAUAUCAAUGUGAAUGUCUGACGCAAUGUCCUCCUGAUAUAUCGAAAGUUUGUGGCAGUGACGGAAGGACGUAUACCAGCGAAUGUGCGUUAAAGCGAGCGUCGUGUCAGCGAAGGAUUACGAUAGCAAUAUCUUACAGAGGGUCUUGUGAUCCAUGCGAAGAUAAACAGUGCUUCUUCAAUUCAACCUGCAUCAAAGGUUCUGACAAUCGAGCAAGAUGUGUUUGUCCUGAGUGUUCUGGUGAAGCUGUUAACUAUAUCUGUGCAAGCGAUGGAAAUAGUUAUGUAAAUCUUUGCUCGGCAAAAAGACAGGCUUGCUUGAGAAAAUUUUUUCUCCAAUUUGUUCAUAAUGGAAAGUGCAAUCCAUGUAAAGAUAAAAAGUGUUCCUUUAAUUCACAAUGUGUGGUUGACAGGAAUUUCAGAGCUUCAUGUCAAUGUCCAAAAUGUCCUCCAAAAACAAAACGUGUUUGUGGAAAUGAUGGGAAAACAUAUAUCAAUGAAUGUGAACUGAGGAAGCAAUCUUGUAAAACGAAAACUAACAUUAAAGUUCUUCAUGAAGGAAAAUGCAAUCCAUGUGAAGAUGUAAGAUGUUCGUUCAAUGCACAAUGUGUGGUUGACAGUGAUUAUAAAGCUUCAUGUCAAUGUCCAAAAUGUCCUCCAAAAACAAAACGUGUUUGUGGAAAUGAUGGGAAAACAUAUAUCAAUGAAUGUGAACUAAGGAAGCAAUCUUGUAGAACGAAAACUAACAUUAAAGUUCUUCAUGAAGGAAAAUGCAAUCCAUGUGAAGAUAAGAAAUGCCCCAUCAAUGCACAAUGUGUGGUUGACAGGAAUUUCAGAGCUUCAUGUCAAUGUCCAAAAUGUCCUCCAAAAACAAAACGUGUUUGUGGAAGUGAUGAGAAAACAUAUAUCAAUGAAUGUGAACUGAGGAAGCAAUCUUGUACAACGAAAACCAACAUUAAAGUUCUUCAUGAAGGAAAAUGCAAUCCAUGUGAAGAUGUAAGAUGUUCGUUCAAUGCACAAUGUGUGGUUGACAGUGAUUAUAAAGCUUCGUGUCAAUGUCCAAAAUGUCCUCCAAAAACAAAACGUGUUUGUGGAAAUAAUGGAAAAACAUAUAUCAAUGAAUGUGAACUGAGAAAGCAAUCUUGUACAACGAAAACCAACAUUAAAGUUCUUCAUGAAGGAAAAUGCAAUCCAUGUGAAGAUAAGAAAUGCCCCAUCAAUGCACAAUGUGUGGUUGACAGUGAUUAUAAAGCUUCAUGUCAAUGUCCAAAAUGUCCUCCAAAAACAAAACGUGUUUGCGGGAGUGAUGGAAAAACAUAUAUCAAUGAAUGUGAACUAAGGAAACAAUCUUGUACAACGAAAACUAACAUUAAAGUUCUUCAUGAAGGAAAAUGCAAUCCAUGUGAAGAUGUAAGAUGUUCGUUCAAUGCACAAUGUGUGGUUGACAGUGAUUAUAAAGCUUCGUGUCAAUGUCCAAAAUGUCCUCCAAAAACAAAACGUGUUUGCGGGAGUGAUGGAAAAACAUAUAUCAAUGAAUGUGAACUGAGAAUGCGAUCUUGUACAACGAAAACCAACAUUAAAGUUCUUCAUGAAGGAAAAUGCAAUCCAUGUGAAGAUAAGAAAUGUCCCAUCAAUGCACAAUGUGUGGUUGACAGUGAUUAUAAAGCUUCAUGUCAAUGUCCAAAAUGUCCUCCAAAAACAAAACGUGUUUGCGGGAGUGAUGGAAAAACAUAUGUCAAUGAAUGUGAACUAAGGAAACAAUCUUGUACAACGAAAACUAACAUUAAAGUUCUUCAUGAAGGAAAAUGCAAUCCAUGUGAAGAUAAGAAAUGUCCCAUCAAUGCACAAUGUGUGGUUGACAGGAAUUUCAGAGCUUCAUGUCAAUGUCCAAAAUGUCCUCCAAAAACAAAACGUGUUUGUGGAAGUGAUGGGAAAACAUAUAUCAAUGAAUGUGAACUUAGGAAACAAUCUUGUACAACGAAAACUAACAUUAAAGUUCUUCAUGAAGGAAAAUGCAAUCCAUGUGAAGAUGUAAGAUGUUCGUUUAAUGCACAAUGUGUGGUUGACAGUGAUUAUAAAGCUUCGUGUCAAUGUCCAAAAUGUCCUCCAAAAACAAAACGUGUUUGUGGAAAUGAUGGGAAAACAUAUAUCAAUGAAUGUGAACUAAGGAAACAAUCUUGUACAACGAAAACUAAUAUUAAAGUUCUUCAUGAAGGAAAAUGCAAUCCAUGUGAAGAUAAGAAAUGUCCAAUCAAUGCACAAUGUGUGGUUGACAAUGAUUAUACAGCUUCGUGCCAAUGUCCAAAAUGUCCUCCAAAAACAAAACGUGUUUGUGGAAGUGAUGGAAAAACAUAUAUCAAUGAAUGUGAACUAAGGAAGCAAUCUUGUACAACGAAAACUAACAUUAGAGUUCUUCAUGAAGGAAAAUGCAAUCCAUGUGACGACAAGGAAUGCCCCAUCAAUGCACAAUGUGUGGUUGACAGUGAUUACAAAGCUUCAUGUCAAUGUCCAAAAUGUCCUCCAAAAACAAAACGUGUUUGUGGAAGUGAUGGGAAAACAUAUAUCAAUGAAUGUGAACUUAGGAAACAAUCUUGUACAACGAAAACUAACAUUAAAGUUCUUCAUGAAGGAAAAUGCAAUCCAUGUGACGAGAAGCAUUGUUCCAACAAUGCACAAUGUGUGGUUGACAGUGAUUAUAAAGCUUCAUGUCAAUGUCCAAAAUGUCCUCCGAAAACAAAACGUGUUUGUGGAAAUGAUGGAAAAACAUAUAUCAAUGAAUGUGAACUGAGGAAACAAUCUUGUACAACGAAAACUAGCAUUAAAGUUCUUCAUGAAGGAAAAUGCAAUCCAUGUGAAGACAAGAAAUGUCCAAUCAAUGCACAAUGUGUGGUUGACAGUGAUUAUAAAGCUUCAUGUCAAUGUCCAAAAUGUCCUCCUGAAACAAAACGUGUUUGCGGAAGUGAUGGAAAAACAUAUAUCAAUGAAUGUGAACUAAGGAAGCAAUCUUGUACAACAAAAACUAACAUUAAAGUUCUUCAUGAAGGAAAAUGUGAUCCAUGUAAAGACAAGAAAUGUUAUUACAACUCGACAUGUGUUGAAGGAAACGACAACAAAGGAUAUUGCGUUUGUCCGCAAUGUUCAGAUGAACCCGUAGAUUACGUUUGCGCAAGUGAUGGAAACACUUAUCCAAAUGAAUGUCAAGAAAGAAGAACAGCAUGCAUGACCAAAUCUUUACUAAAAACAAUUCACAAAGGAAAGUGUGAUCCAUGUGAAGAUAAGAACUGUUCCUUCAACGCACAGUGUGUCGUUAAUAAAAACUAUAAAGCCUCAUGUAAAUGUCCAAAAUGUCCUCCUGAAACAAAGCAUGUUUGCGGGAGUGAUGGAAAAACGUAUAUCAAUGAAUGUGAACUAAGGAAACAAUCUUGUACAACGAAAACUAACAUCAGAGUUCUUCAUGAAGGAAAGUGCAAUCCAUGUGAAGACAAAAUAUGUUAUUACAACUCAACGUGUACUAAAGGCAACGACAACAAAGGAUAUUGUAUAUGCAAGCAGUGUUCUGAUGAACCCAUAGAAUAUGUUUGUGCAAGUGAUGGAAACACUUAUCCAAAUGAAUGUCAGGCGAGAAAAAAGGCCUGUAUGACAAGAUCUCCACUAAAAACAAUUCACAAAGGGAAGUGUGAUCCAUGUCAAGAUGUAAAGUGCUUCUUCAAUGCUCAGUGUGUGGUUGACAGUGAUUAUAAAGCUUCAUGUCAAUGCCCAAAAUGUCCUCCAAAAACAAAACGUGUUUGUGGAAGUGAUGGAAAAACAUAUAUUAAUGAAUGUGAACUAAGGAAACAAUCUUGUAGAACGAAAACUAACAUUGGGGUUCUUCACGAAGGCAAAUGUGAUCCAUGUGAGGACAAGAAAUGUUCUUACAACUCGACAUGCACCAAAGGAAAAGACCACAAAGCAUAUUGUGUUUGUCCACAAUGUUCAAAUGAACCAGUGGAAUAUGUUUGCGCAAGUGAUAGAAAGACAUAUCCGAAUGAAUGUCAAGCAAAAAAAACAGCAUGUAUGACAAGAUCUUUACUAAAAACUGUUCACAAAGGAAAGUGUGAUCCAUGCGAAGGAGUUAAAUGCAAAAACUAUGGUGUGUGCAAAGGUGAUCCUCAGUCGGAAAAAGGAUACCAGUGCGUUUGCCGUGAAUGUUUAAAUGUAGGAACUCCAGUCUGUGGCAGUAACAGGAGAACGUACAAAAGUGAAUGUUUCUUAAAGAGGACAUCAUGUCGAAAGAAUAAAUAUCUGUACGUAACUCAUGUAGGACCUUGUGACCCGUGUAAGACGACAAAAUGCCACCAUGGUGCAACAUGCGUGAUUGGAAGAGACUACAAAGCUUAUUGUCAAUGUCCUCAAUGCAGUAACACGACUGAGAAUCCUGUUUGUGGUAGUGAUGGUAAAACUUACCCCAGUGAAUGCGAAGUUAGACGAAUCUCGUGUAUGACUGCAUUGCCCAUUGCUGUAGUCAAGCAGGGAAAAUGUGAUGAAUGCAACUGUCCACCGUAUGCUGAAUGUCAGCGCGAUGAACAAGCCACAAAAGGUUUCAAAUGUGUUUGUCCUUCAACGAGUUCAGAGGAUCAGAGUACAGUGUGCGGGAGUGAUGGUAGGACGUACACGAACAGAAAGGUUUUGCAGAGAGAAUCGUGUCUGACUGAAGUAAAAAUUGAUAUUCUAUACUCAGGAACGUGCUCGCCAUGUCGUGGUCGAGAAUGCUCUCAUCAUGCAGAAUGUGUUGCUCGAGGUGACCAAGGGAUAUGUCAGUGUCCACAAAGAUGUCCAGACAAUAUUAAACCUCGUAUAGUUUGUGCCAGUGAUGGAAACACUUAUGACAAUGAAUGCCAACUAAGAAGAGCUUCUUGUCUUCAGCAGAGACCGUUAGAAGUUAAACACAAUGGACCUUGCACGGAAUGUAAGUGUCCACCAUACGCGCAAUGUCGACGUGACGAAGAUAAUUUCAAGAAAUAUAAAUGUGUCUGUCCUUCAUCAAGUUCAACUGAUCAAAGUGAAGUUUGUGGUAGUGAUGGAAGAACGUACGUCAACAAACAAGUUUUGGAAAGAGAGUCUUGUGUAACUGAUAUCAAAAUAACUGUAUUAUAUGCUGGAGUUUGCAUUCCAUGUCGUGGUCGAGAAUGCUCUCAUCAUGCAGAAUGUGUUGCUCGAGGUGAUCAAGGAAUAUGCCAGUGUCCACAAAGAUGUCCAGACAAUAUUAAACCUCGUAUAGUUUGUGGCAGUGAUGGAAAUACUUAUGACAAUGACUGCCAACUUAGGAGAGCUUCUUGUCUUCAGCAGAGACCGUUAGAAGUUAAACACAAUGGACCUUGUACGGAAUGUAAGUGUCCACCAUACGCGCAAUGUCGACGUGACGAAGAUAAUUUCAAGAAAUAUAAAUGUGUCUGUCCUUCAUCAAGUUCAACUGAUCAAAGUGAAGUUUGUGGUAGUGAUGGAAGAACGUACGUCAACAGACAAGUUUUGGAAAGGAAAUCUUGUGUAACUGAUAUCAAAAUAGCUAUAAUAUAUGCUGGAGUGUGCAUUCCAUGUCGUGGUCGAGAAUGCUCUCAUCAUGCAGAAUGUGUUGCUCGAGGUGAUCAAGGGAUAUGUCAGUGUCCACAAAGAUGUCCAGACAAUAUUAAACCUCGUAUAGUUUGUGGCAGUGAUGGAAAUACUUAUGACAAUGAAUGCCAACUUAGGAGAGCUUCUUGUCUUCAGCAGAGACCGUUAGAAGUUAAACACGAUGGACCUUGCAAUGUUUGCCACAACAAUACUUGUGCGUAUUACUCAAGAUGCGUGCCAACGUCCAAGCGAUCAUAUAGCUGUGUUUGUCCUCGUGAAUACUACAGUCGGGUCAGCAAGGUCUGUGGUAGCGAUGGACGAACAUAUCGCAACGAAAUGACAUUACAACAAGAAUCAUGUCUCAGACAGGUUUCUAUCGAAGUGAUUCAUAAAGGAGUAUGUGGGCCAUGUCGGGGCAGGGAAUGCGAUUUUAACGCAGUCUGUGUGGCUACGCCUAAUGGCAACGCGUUAUGCCGCUGUCCAAAGCAAUGUUUCACGAUUCCAAAGCCAGUAUGUGGUAGUGAUGGACAAACCUACGAAGAUGAAUGUGAAAUGAAGAGAGCGUCGUGUAUCAAGCGGGAACCCAUCACCGCUGUGAGGCCAGGAGAAUGUCCAACAGCACCUGAAGAAGACGUGGACAUCAUCUAUGCUCUUGGUUCUAUUGCCCGGAAUCACGUUCCCUUGUUUGAAAUAGAGAAGAACAUAACGAGAGCGAUUAUCCAGCAGCAAAAUUCUCCACAAACCAGACACGGUCUGAUCGUUUUUGGAAAAGAUCCGAAAGAAGUGAGCCCUUUGGAAAAUUUCAAGAGUGAACCCGAACUGGUGGAAAAGCUAAUGGAUUUGAAAUGGCCAUCCGAAGCGAAGAGUUUAGCGCCUCCGCUUAACAAAGGCACCCAAGUUUUUAAGGAGCAAGGUCGACCAGGUUCACGGCGAUUUCUGGUCAUAUUCAUAACAGGCCAACUGGACAGGACAAGUGAUGAUCUGAAAAAGGCCGCGAGAAAAAUUCACGAUUCUGGCGGGAAGAUCGUGGCGUAUAAACUAAGUGAUUUGCCCAGAGAUGAAGAGUUCGUUCGAGUCAUACCACAAGAUCAGAUUCUCAAAGUCGACGCAAAAGAUGACCCUUGGAGGCUGGCAAUGUUGUUUCAUUUUCAAACAAGAAAAGCGCCAUGUCAGAUUCUCAACUGCCAAAAUUAUGCGAUAUGCAGAUCAUCAGCGAGUCAGCAAGCACGUUGUGAAUGUCCAACCUGCCCAAAACGUGAAGAUCCUGUGUGUGGAAGUGACAGAAAAACCUAUUCCAGCGAGUGUGAAUUGCGUAGAGUAUCGUGUUUAGCAGGAAGACCUUUGGCUGUGAAACAUACGGGAAAAUGCGCGAAAAAGCAGGAUGAAAGUACGGUUUUUGUCAUGGGUUCAAGCGGUCCUAAUGCGGAAAAGGUUUUUACACAUCAGAAAGAGAUCGUUAAAGAGUUUGUCAACAACCAAACUAACCCAGAUGCAAAAUUCACUGUCGUUACUUACGGUCCAAGCACGACAAGAACCUGGAAAUUGGACGAACCAAAUAAGCAGAAACGGAACAAAAUUAUCAACUCGGUGUCCUGGAACGGUCGGGGGACGAGAUUAGAUCUUGGACUGAGUGAAGCGUACAACGUGUUGAAAAGGACGAAGCCCAAUACUCAAAAGCGAGUGUACAUUUUUGUUUCACAAGAAGCAGACGUGGGGAGCGAGCCAGUGAAGAAAAUCAUUGGUAAACUUUUGGAAGAUGGUACAGAGUUGAUUACGAUUCAAAUAGUCGACCGUGAUGAUCCAGGAAAAGAAAAGAAGAUUGUGCCGAGGACAAAAUUUGUUGUCAAGAUUCAUGCUCGUGACGACCCGAAGAAGUUGGCACAAUUGUUGAUAGUCACAUUCUAUACUGAUCCUUGUAUGAGGCUCAAAUGUAGCAAGUAUUUUGGUUCCUGUGUGGUGUCGUUACACAGUGUACCUGAAUGUAAAUGUCUUCAUGAUUGUGACUAUGUGGACGAGCCUGUGUGUGGUAAAGAUAAAAACACUUAUUUCAGUGAAUGUGCUCUUAUGAAAGAUAGUUGUAUACGAGAAGUUCCCAACAGUGUCAGCCAUGGCGGACAAUGCAAACACUGUGGGAAUCUCAAUUGCCCUCCAUACAGCAAGUGCAUGCUGAGCAGCUCAGGUGAACCGUACUGCGCAUGUCGAGAGGUGUCAAAAUGCCCUCGUGAAUACAAGAGAUUCUGCGACAAAGACAAAAAAGCUUAUAAAAAUUUAUGUGUCUUGAAAGCUGAAGCAUGUGAGGCCAAUAAAACUGUGGAGAUCACCGAUGCCAGUUAUUGUGCGCCAAGAUUUUUCUCUGGAGAUUCAUUCUUGAGCCUAAGAACUCCUGUCCAAGGUGACCGGACCGAGUUGGUACUCUACAUCCGUCCAAUGACGGACGAAGGAGUAUUGCUUUAUACGGAUUCAGAGAAAUCAGGAGAUUUCUUGGGGCUGGCUUUAAAGGAUGGUCAUCUUAUUUAUCGGCAUGACGUAGGCUCUGGUCCGGUGGAGUUGAGAAGCGAUGAAAAGUUGAACCUGAAUCAUUGGCAUAAGAUAAGAGUUUCCCGCCGUGGCAAUAGGGCUGUCGUCAGCGUCGAUACAACGAUAGCGAGAAGUAGACGAUCUGUUACUUCAAGUUAUAUCUUAAACGUAGACAACCGUCUUUAUCUGGGGGGAAUAAACGUUAGAAAAGAAAGACUGACCAAGAAUCUUGGAGUGUCAGCUAGCUAUCAGGGGUGCCUGAAGGACCUGGUGCUGAAUAACGAACAGUACGAUCUCCUGUUUCCAGGGAAACAUAUAUUACGUCAGCGAAAUGUACGAAGCUGCCCCGACAAUCCUUGUUUACAGCGGCCUUGUCAAAACGGGGGCAAGUGUCAAUUUCUGGGAGAAUCGUACCGAUGCUUAUGUCCGCGAGGAUUUGUGGGAAGACGAUGUCAAGGCAGAGAUCGGGCAGUCUAUAUGCGAGGAGAGAAUUCUUAUCUUGCCGUACCCGCUGUGACAAAAAGAUGGUUGUUCUCUCUGUCCAUGGAAAUCAGACCAAAAGAACGAGAUGCGGUUAUAUUUUAUGCCAGCGCUCGACGUUAUGGCGAAGACUGCUUGAUCUUAGAUCUGAACGAUGGACGACUAGAGCUGAGACUGAACGUGGGAACUGGUCUUAAUAUAUUCCGUACAAGUCGAAGAUUGUCGUUACACAACUGGCAUAAGGUGGCCGUAACGCGAGACAGCAACGGAGUUAGUUUGGUCGUGGAUGAUGAGAUCAUUCACAUGACUAGUAGACCUGAAUCACUCGGUGUACGUUUGAGGGGGAACAUGACUUUUGGAGCAGUCACUGAUCCGCUCGACAGGAUUAUCGUACGUGCUAAUACUGGUUUCCAGGAAUUCACCUUUACUGGAUGCUUAAAAAAUGUCAUCCUCACAGAUUACAUCCUCGAUCUCAAUAACCUCAGUCAGGAUCUGGUUGACCAGUCAGGAAUACAGACCUGUACUUCUUGUGUUGGUAACCCAUGCGGUUCCUAUGGCAACUGUAUCAGCCAGUCAGACCUGACAUUCAAGUGUGCAUGCUGGGAAAAUUUUGUUACUGACCUUUGUGAAUUCAGAGAGAAACCGUUGCACUUCAAUUCAAAGGAUUCGUACAUUUCCUUUCCUCUUUUGAACGGACACGAUGAUUUCAAAUUAUCGUUUGAAAUAAAACCAGAAAUACGGAAUGCACUUGUUCUCUACAUGAAUGGAAAAUCCAACAUGGACCAUUUUGCUAUCGCAAUCAUCAACGGUAUAUUACAGCUAAGAUUAAAUGCCGGCGGUGGUCAGUUUAUAGCACGUUUCGCCCAACCAAUUGCUUUGUUUACUUGGCACAAAAUUGAAGUUGAAAGAAACGAGAGAACUGUAACCAUCACUUUGAAUGAAGACUUGAGAGCAGCCAUCGUUCUUUCAAAGAAGUUUACUGUUCUUGAUUUUCGAGGACAAAUGUUCAUUGGCUCCCCAAAGACCCCCGUAGGAAGAAUCAUAGCUCGGAACAAGUCCGUUGAGAAUAUCUCCAAUUUAUUGGUUGUUUCCGAAGAUUUUACGUGAACGAGCGAAGAUAUAAUCUGGCGUAUCCAAUGGGGGACAUUCUGGAACAAAGGGAAGUUCAGAAUUGUCACGUCAGCUCUACGUAGUAAUCUUCAAUACGCAGCAGAAAUAAUUUAAGUCAUGUGCUAAGAAUAGUUCAGAAUGGAAAAUAAAAACGAGGUCAUUUAUUAUAGCUCUUUCUUAUUUGUAAAAUAUAUACAUAUAUACAAAUAUCUAUAACAGAAAGGACUGUUCUUCAGUUGCCUGAUGGUCGUUUCAAUACGGAAACUUACAACAACAAUAUUUUAAGAGAUAAUUUGUUUAUUUGCUCUUGAAAAAUAUAUAUAUUUUGUA